UCUCGAAUUUAAAACCAUUUAAUUUGGGUAUAGGAAUCAAACCUGGCAACCGCCCUUUCCGCUUUAAAAUCGGUCCGGGUAACAGCCUGGAUUAUUUGUUUUUGGAGUAACGCAAAUGUAUAUAAUAUAAUGUGAAAAAUAAAUAUUGACACCGGCAGUAAUUUAAUUUGAUUUUUAUGUAUAUACUGCAGUUACAUUUUGAGGUAAACAACUCGCGAUUUUCCGAGAAGGAAAUAGUUCCACUGUUAUUUCGACCGGACCAGUAUUGGCGAAGAACGUAACUCGCAAGCUGCAAAAAUAAAAAAAUCCGUACACGAUAUUGCCAUAGUUUAGCCAAGGCAUGGGAGAACAACCAGUCAGAGUCUUGGCCUGUGGGGAUGUUGAAGGAAGACUGACAGCUCUGUUCAGUCGAGUCCAGACCAUCCAGAAGAAGGCCGGACAGUUUGAUCUACUGCUGUGUGUUGGGGAGUUUUUUGGGACGACACCAGAGGCCGAAGCAGAGUGGCAGCAGUACAAAACUGGAGCUAAGAAAGCUCCCAUCCACACCUACAUCCUCGGCGCAGCGAGUCAGGAGACGGUGAAGUAUUUCCCCAGCGCUGAUGGCUGUGAGCUGGCUGAAAACAUCACGUAUUUGGGUCGACGAGGUGUGUUCAGCGGCGCGUCAGGAUUACAGAUCGCCUACGUCAGCGGUCAGGAGGCCCUGCAGGAACCAGCCCCAGCUCACUGCUUCACGUUCAAAGAUCUGUCGGCCCUCGUGGCUCCGCUGACCAGCAGCUCCAAGUUCAGAGGAGUCGACAUCCUGCUGACGUCACAGUGGCCCCGAGGAGUUUGGCGCUAUGGAAACAACCCGGAAGUAAACACAAAAUCCUGUGGAAGCAGCUCCAUUGCAGACCUCGCUGAGAAGCUGAAACCACGAUACCACUUUGCUGCACUCGAGGGCGCUCACUAUGAGAGACUCCCAUACAGGAAUCAUGUUGUUCUCCAGGAGAAUGCUCAGCAUGUCAGCCGCUUCAUCGCCCUGGCAACCGUCAACAACCCUGCCAAGAAGAAGUAUUUGUACGCCUUCAACAUAAUCCCCAUGAAGACCAUGGAUCCAUCAGAGUUGGUGAAGCAGCCGCAGGAUGUGACAGAAAACCCAUAUAGAAAUUCUGCUAAAGACAAGAAAGACAAGCAAAAGACGGGGUUCAGCACUACAGAGGAGCAGGAGCCGUCCACUCAGUUCUUCUUUGACCUGGGCAGGAAGCAGGACCGGGGUCCUUGGGGCCGUGGCAGGAAGAGACAUGUCGAGGGAGAAGGACGAGGACGAGACCAGCAGCAUGACGGAGACAGGCAUCAUCAAGGGCAGCCUAAACAGCCCCGCAGACCCCCUCAGCCUUCUGGUCCCUGCUGGUUCUGUCUGGCCAGUCCUCAGGUGGAGAAACACCUCGUCAUCAGCAUAGGAGCACACUGUUACCUGGCUAUGGCUAAAGGUGGUCUGACUCCUCACCACAUGCUGAUCCUCCCCAUCGGUCACUACCAGUCUGUGGUGGACCUGAGCUCAGAGGUGGUGCAGGAGAUGGAGAAGUACAAGUCAGCCCUGAGGAGCUUCUACAAGACCAAAGGAGAGCGCUGUGUGCUGUUUGAGAGGAAUUACAGAAGCCAGCACCUGCAGCUACAGGUCGUCCCGGUGCCUCUGGACCGCUGCACCACGGAGGACAUCAAGGAGGCGUUCAUGGUUCAGGCUCAGGAACAACAGAUGGAGCUGAUGGAGAUUCCUCAACACACCGACCUCAAACAGAUUGCCCCUCCAGGGACUCCGUACUUCUACGUGGAGUUGGACUCGGGAGAGAAACUCUUCUACCGCAUCCAGAAACAUUUCCCUCUGCAGUUUGGAAGGGAGGUUCUGGCCAGCGAAGCAAUUCUUAAUAUCCCAACUCGAGCAGACUGGAAGGAGUGUAAACAGAGCAGAGAGGAGGAGGAGGAGAACUGUAAACAGCUGAGAGACGACUUCCAGCCAUACGACUUUGCCUGGGAAGACUAACACACACACACACACACACACACACAAUAUGGUUACCACCACAGCUGUGAUUUUUGUUGGCGUUCCUGUUUUGUGUUUCUACAGAGGUUUUUUUCUGCAAAAUUUAUUCUCCUAAACUGUUAAAAAGAAUAGUUUGACAUUUUGGGGAAUAAACUUAAUCAUUUUCUUUCCAGGCUUAGAAGAGUAGAUUGACACUGCUCUCGUGUCUGUACAGUGAAUAUGAUGCUACAGCCAGCAGCUUGUUAGCUUAGCUUAGCAUAAAGACUGCAAGAAAUCCCCCCAAAUACGUUCAAAUGGUUCACACCAGCAUUUUCUUCUUCAUGAUAUUUGACAGUUUUAACCAGUUGAAAAUGGUGGAGACAACAGAGAUGUUAGCAGCAAAGUGUGAGCUUUGCAACAUGAACACACAAGCCUCAAAAAUGUAUUGAUGUGUCUGUGUUUUUUCCUUCAAAACAUGUUUGUUUUUUUAGGCUUGUUUCUCAAAGUGUUUCACAAAAACGUUAGGGAAAAGUUUGACAAGACCACACGUGUUGCUUAAAGGUGAUGCUGCCUGCUGCUUUCAUCUUUCACAGUUUAUGUCAUUUAGUUCCAGCUCAUACAGCUGUGGAUUAACUCCUUCACAAUAAAAGUUGAACUUCAUUCAGACUAAACGGGAACACUGUGAAAACCUGAACAGCAGCUCAGCAACUUUUACUGUGACUUCUGUGGAGGUUCUUUUGUCUUAAGUUCAGCUCGCGAAAGCAGUUUUUAAAUGUAUUUUUUGUAUUUUGUAAGUGAUCUACAAUUAAAUUCUCAUUUUUGGA